GCUCUGUUCCUCUGUUUUACUUGUACAGCAGGAAAUGAACAUGAAAAUAUUUCCCUGUAGUACUUUUUAAAAAUCAUCUAUUUUUUUGGUCAAGUUCCUGAGAAGUAUCCUGUUUUGAAUGUAGUAGUUUUUACUUAUUAUUUUUAGAUUGUUAAUUGUAACAAUUACAAGCCCCCUCCUCCCUCAGGAUGCUGCACUUUUAAAAUAAGGUAGAAGCUUUGCAACAGGACAGCUACAGCUGAGCCGAUGUACAUUGUGGUUUGCUUGGGACUGUGCAGUGCUGUUGCACAUUGGAUAAUAACACGAAAUUCACAUUGGAAGGUACUCAAAGCUAGGAGUUACUCUGAGAAAGUGACAACUUGAUUUGAAAACAGUACAAACACCAUGAUUAGCUUUCCAAGAAAUAGGAAAACCCCAGUGUAGUUAGUUGGUAAGAACAGUUUGAUGCAGUUUUUACAGUGCCACAAAAGGCAAGAUUCCACACAGGCUGUUUUAUUUUCCCCAGUGAGCUGAUGUGUUGAUUGCUUGCAUGUUCAGAGCUCACUUGUGAGACUGUAGAACACGAUUCAGUGACACAGGCUGUCAGUCUGAGCAGAGCUGCAUGUGGGUGUUAAUUGCUUCUGGUCAGGUGCAGACCAAUUAUUUAACGAUCUUUUUAGAUAAAGGAGAUUAAAUUGCAAUUCAUGAAUAGUAUAUUGGGAGUGCAAAGGGGAAAGUUUUGCUUUUCAAAAUUCUGGACAAAUUUCAGCAAGAAAUGAGAGUUGCUCUUUUCUUAUAUUAAUUCUGUAUUCCAUAACCAUUUGCCAAGCAUGUUUACAUAGGGAAUUUGGAUGUAGUUGUAGCUAAACUGGUUUAUCAGAGUAGCAUUAGACACUUGUUUUACAUGUUGAAUUAAUUUCUGUCCUACUUUUGUGCAGACAGCUGUACUUGGAAAUAGAUUCUCCUGUACUUUUUUUAAACUGGAUUGUUCAGGGUUAAGCUUUUCCUGGAGCUCUCUGCUGCCAAUGAAAAUAAAAAUGUAUAUAUGUAAAGAUACAUAAACAUCUAUUGGUAUAAAUGAAGAAAAGUAAAGUAUCAGUUCUGAAGGCCACAGAAUCCAAAAUAUUGUGCUUGUUUAUAUUUAUCUUUCUGAAUGGCAGCUCCAUCAUAUUCUGUGUGUCAGUAUCCCAGGCAUCAUUCUUCAGGCUUGUGCAUUUACAAACAGCCAAUUUUUUAAGAAGCAAUGGCCAAAACCACCCCCCCGAAAAACAAACUUACUGCUUGCUGUUAAUUCUGAGGAAUGUUGGUUGUUGAAUGUAUGGGAAGUCUGGGAAUUAGAAAGCCAUGAAUCAGUUGUUGCAGUUUUUACAUGCUAUAGAAAUGUUUUCAUUAAAACCAGAAGGAUUUUCAAGAGGUGAAAAAAGUGAGAUCGGGGGGAGAGAAGGAAGCAUUUCUUUAACUGUGCACUGUCCCCACAGAAAUGGGGUGGGUUGCAGGCAGAGGAGACCUAAUUAUAUUGUAUUAUUAUUGCAUAAUGGUACUGCAGUGGAUUUGGGAAGAACUUGCCCUGAUCCAGAGUCAGGCUUGGGUCAGUGUCCUUGAUGGGAGGGGACUCUGGAGAGAUCAGAAGGCAGUGUAUGUCUUCUGAAACCUCGUGUAUUUUACAAGCACUUCUGAAGCAGCUGCCUAACACAUUGGAAAUCAGGUUAUCCAGAAAUACUUACAAAUUGCUGUAACCUGAACUGUGCUGUCAGAGCAGUGGCCUGGCAGUGGGCAGGGGAAGUGUGCCAGUUCUGAGUGGGGAACAAAUCCACAGCUCUUUCCAGCCUUGUGGUUGAAUUUUAAUAAGUUCUCUCUUUGUAUGCAGCUUAGUGAUGCUAUCACCUUGAUUUGUGCCAUCUCUGCAAGACACCAGCCAGCUGUAUUUGUGUCCACCCCAGGCGCAAGUGCUUUAAACACCUCAGGGUUCUGGGUGCUGCCCCCCUGCACCCACUCACUGAGCCUGGACCAUGGGAACAAACGCCCUGGACAUUAACAUCAGCUCUGACUCUGUCUUUUUGAAGUGAACAAAUUUUUCUGGAGUCCCAUGAGCUAGAAAUACUUAACUCUUGGAGACAUGAGACAGCUGACAGUCACGAAGACACAGAGCUAGUAGUGGGGGGAUUUUUUAAGAAGUUUUCCAGGUGAUGCUAGUAAUUGCCUGUCAGUGCAAAACAAGCUGUACAGCAUGCUGUUUGCUGAAUCUCCCUUCUUUGAAGUGUUCUUUGGGAUUUGGUCAACGCUUCCCAGGGUUCCCAUAUCCCUGUUCCUGUACUUGACAUCCCCAGCACGGGCUUUUCUUUGCUCUGUGAGAAGGCUGCAAGCAGCCUUUGAUUCCUGUUCCUCUGCUGCUGUGUGACCCUCUGGCCAGUCACAGACCCUCGGGUGGUCUGUUGCAUGGUUACCAUACAAUUUGAGCUCAAACCUGAAAAACUGGUUUUUAAAUGCACCAACCACCUGUUCAGCUAGGGAAUGGCCAGGUGAUUGUGGAUGAUCUUUGUUGGUGUCUUAUUCAGCAGAGGAGGCUGAGUGCUGCUCCUUCCUCAGUGCAGUGCCACAGCCAGCCCUCCCUGUGUCCCGGUGUCACAUGAAGGACUGUUAGCUUGAGGAGCUUUAGUAAUGUCCAGGCAAACUCCAGAUAUGUGUCAGCUCCUGUGACAGACAGGAGGAAUUUGUGAUUGCAGAGCAGAGCUUCCUCACCUCCCCCAGCAGUGCACACAGGCUGCACAAAUAUCUUCUAACAUAAAUGUGUGUUCUUACACCAGAGAGGCAACACAGUAAUUACAACCACACUCAUUUUUAGACAAUAACCUGAGAGGGAGGCUGUGCAAAAUGUUUUCAGGGGGUAAAUUAAAAUGCCUUAGUUAUUACCUGUGUAUACUGUUAUCCAGCAUAAAGUAAAUGUGAGACAAAUUAUUCUGCUUUUCUUUACAGGAGGCUGUGUGUUUGUAUAUUGGCAGUUACUAUGGGAAAUUUUACAUGCUAUUAACCCUCAUGUUUUAAUUGAUCUGCUGAUAAUUUGUUUGUGUAACUAGGCAGGCAGUUUUCUUUGCUAUGGUAGCCUUUAAAAAAGUCUUUGGUAAUUUGGACAGAUCAUUUUUAGCAUGCAGACCAUAUUGUGUGCCUUUUUAUUGGAAGGAAAAUUUGAGUCAGAAUGACCUGCUUGGGGUGAUUGCUUGUAUUCCUAUAAACUAUUCAUUAAUUCUUUUUUCCUUUCUAUGUUGCUAUAUAGCUAACAGCAUGAACAUAGGCAGUGAUGGUAAUGAUGGCAACCUGAGGGGGCACUGCACCUUCCUUGCCAAGCAUAGCUUUUGGUUAUGAAUUGUUUAAAAAAGGAAAAAAGGUUUUCAGAACUGAAUGCUGGUUUCUCACUUGUCUUAUGAAUUUUUAUCACCUUUUGAUCUAAGGCGAGUUCUUCUCUGCAGUUAAAUGUUAAAAGCUUUGUUUAAAACACAAUUUUGUAAUGCAGCGUUCCCUAAAAAAGUCUGCUAACAUUAAUAUUCUGAUAAAACACUAAUGUUGUGUCAAUGGGCUUAAACACUCUUAUAGCUUCCUUCCUGUCUUAAUGGUGAAGUCAGCAAACUUUUAAACAUUUUCUUAGGACCUUUUGUUUUUGACAUCUAUUUCCCAGUAAUUUCAAGGAAAGUAGUUGAAGAAAUAUAUGGUGAAGAUUAUAUGCUCUGUUUCUGGACUGUGCCACAGGGUUUUGUAUUGAUGCAGUUACCUUGGGUUUGUAUUGUAGCUUGCUUGUGCAAGAGACUAAUUUCAGGCCAGAACUAUUCAUACUGCCUGCUCAAAGUCAGAGUACUGACACAAAAAUCUGCCUUUAUUGAGGAACUUCCUGGCUGUUCUUUUGUUUGACUUCUGCCAGAAUGAGGAUCUGCCUUUUCUUCUUUGGGAUUUCUUGACUCUCAGACUGAGUUCGUUGCUGCGUCAUUCACUGAAUCAUCCCCGUUCCUCAGACUGACCUUCUCUUGAUCCUUUCUUGGGGUCAUAAAACCAGGGCAAACUGGGAGAAUCACCCAAGGGCUCAGAGGAGGAGCCAAGGGCUGCUCCCUGGCUGCAGGGGGGAGCCCCUCUGGUGUCUGGUCUGGCUCUGGGGAGGUCACUCAUGCACGGCCCUGGCAGCGUCCCCUGGGAACCACAGUUAGCGCUAACAUCCAGAUUCAUCUCAGCCAAAGGAGGAAACGUUAAAGGAAAUUGAUAAAAUCUAAGACCACUUAGAAAAAUUGAUGUAUUACUUACUAUAAUUGCUGCCAUGAAUGUAUUUUUUUGCAAAAUCUUAAGUUUUGUUUAUUGUAGCUGAUUUUAGCCCUUGCUUUAUGCUCACAGUACAGAUUUGUUUCCAGCCAUGAUGUUGGUAAAGUGGACAUCUAGUAUUCAUAGAAUAUGUAAAAUUUCUCUUGUAUGUAGUUUGUUUGAUGUGCAGCUUUGAUUUUACUUUUACUUCUUUUGUUUGUCAUCCUGUCUAGGAAAUCAGGAUUUCAUAAGUCAGUGGUGUGGGUGGAGAGUUCAGCGAGUGCUGGUUUCCAUGUUCAUCGUAUUUAGACAUAAGUUUUUAUAUUUAGACACUAGCUAGUCUUAAUGCUUUCUGAAUUUGUGCUUGACGUCUGCAACUGACAGUGUACAGUAUGUUUCCUAAUGGGACACUUUUUUCUUGUACCCCACUGGUUUUCUUUGAACGUCACUUGAACUUUUGCACAUUUCUUGCAGAUCUGCUGUCUCCCCCACACACCUUUUUUUGAACUCCACCUAAAGCUGGGAGCUUGUGUGAAAGACAUAGAAACCCUUUUUCUGUGCUUGUCACUGAACACUUUCAGUGUUUUGUUUCAAAAGACACUUUCAGUGCCUUUUUGAAAAAUGCUGUGGAGCAACUGGUGUUUUGAGACUUAAGUUUUGACUCUUUGCUUAUAAUUAAUGUCAACUUAUUUUAUCAUUUGGGGUUUCUUUGUGCUUAUUUACGCCCAUAGGUAUAUUAAACAAUUAGACAGUGAUGAAAUUAUUGGUAUAGUCCAAUGUAUAUAUGCCUGGAUAGAGAAACUGCUAACAGUCAUUUUAAGGAGUGGAUUUAAACUAAAUUCCUACCAGACAUUUUCACUUACAUUUUAUUCCUUUUCUUCCUCAUUUUAGGUCUGUAUGCUUAGGCUUAGCAUGGUGAUCAAGUAGUAGAAGUUUGGGUGUAAACCAUUGUUUUAUGAUUUAAAUGAAUGUUACAGCAUUUUUAUGUCAGUGGGUAGUACACAGAGUACCUAGAAAUGUAGAUUUGCCUGUUUCAUGCGCAGGUAAGGUCACUGAAGGGUUGCAUAUGGCUUGUGAUGUUCCCUUCCCUGAAACCCUUGGAUGUUAGUUCCUGGAUGAAGUGGGCUGACUCAGUGAUAAAUAUGAGUAUGGGGUUUGUCAUAUUGUGCAUUAUAUUGUACUUCAGUGGUUUUUGCUUAACUUGUUGCAAUUAAUUUAAAACCAACAAAAAUGAAUGAAGUGCUAGUGUGUAGGGUUUGGAUUUGUAAAUAUUUGCAGAUUGUGUUACAUCAGAAACCCUCUAAAAAUGUAAAUGUUUGGCUUUUUCUUUCUAACUGUGAACUCAUAUGUCUUUUGAGGCUGGUAAUCAAAUGCAAAAAAUACUUGGUUUGGAGAUUAGUUUCUGGAAGGUGUGCAAGAUAAAAAACAUAUUAGAAGCUGCAAAUUGGCCACAAAUGAUUGAUAUUUUUUCUGUUUGUGUGCUUAACUCCCUUCUGUCUUAAAGAGUGAGUGAAGCUUUUCCUUUUGGUGUAUAUCUUGCCAUGCAAAAAUUGUAAGUUGGAAGGGAAGAGCGUCUUUUUUUUUUUCUCUGUGUGAAAUGACUGGGGUUUUAGGUAGCAAAAAGAAGUGUGUUUAGUGGUGGAAGCAUAAACCUGGCAGUCAAAAGAUGUGAGUGAUGCUCACAGGGUGAUUCUAGCGAGUCGGAUUUAUUUCUGGCUUUUUCAUUCGGUGAAAUGUUGAUAGAAAUAAGAGUACAUGAGGUCUUAUUUACUCAUCCUGGAAGCUCCCAGACAAAAGUGGAAAGUGUUCUGGACAUUAACAGUAAUUUGGCUGCUGGAAGUUGCCCAAAGUACUGGCAGUGUGUUCUUGCUCUUACUGAAAAAUAAAGUAGCAGCUCUUCUUUCUUUCAUAAGCGUAUUUGUGUUUGGAUCCUGCUCAGCAGCCUGUUGUGAAAGUCAUCACUUCUAACAGCACGGUGCCCCAGGGACCUCCACGGGGCAUUGACGGGCUCAGCACUGACUCAGAGCCCAAACUGUUGACACUGCUCAUCUAGAAAAAUGAUACAAUUACAACUCUCCUCCCUGCUCUGGGAAAGCAUCUUGGAUCUCCUCAUUCAGUUUUCAGAGGUGGGGUGAGCUAAUCUGACUUCAGUGAGUCUUCCCUAUGUGCAUAUAUUUAUCUAUCCCUGCUUUUUACAGUCUUGACUAUUUCAUGCAGGUAACAGACUGUGCAGAACUGUUAAUGGCUUUUGUCAUGUGUUAAAACAGAGAAUUUCAGACCACCCUGACUACUUGCUUGGUGCCAAAGGCAUUGAGAGGUCUGUUUUCCCCUGAGGAGCUGAUCGCUUCUGUUCCUGGCUCUUGCCUCUCUGGGCUGUUCCUCAUUCUGGGGCACACGUGGGAGCACAGUUCCUCCCUCUGAUGGCUGUAGCAGCAUUUUUAGGUUAAGGAGUACAUUCCUGCUGUCACCUUGUUGUUCUGCCUCUGCUGUGCAGCUAACUGCUCUCAGCUGUGCUGGCUGAGCUGCCCUCCAAGCUGCUGCUCACCAUCACUGAUCCUGUCUGCCUCCUGGGCAGAAAGGAACAAAACCUAGGAGAGACAAAUGGUUAUUUUUGUGUUGAUCUGUAGUCCUAGAAACAGUGACAUGCACAUACUGAAAGAAUGGUGUGGCAACAAGGUAGGAAUAAGUGGUGGGGAGGAAGAGGGAAGAGGAGGAGAAACUUGUUGAGCAAAUAUUACUGUAGACACCCCUGCUGUGGAACCAGAGCCAGGAUCUGUGGCUUUAUUUCUUUAAAAUGAACAGCAAAACUUCCUGUUUCUGUUCAUUAAACUGACCUAAACCCUGUGUGUAGGGAGGAUGGUGAUUUAUGAAUAAGUGUGAAGCUGUUUGCAGCUGAGCACAUCCCUGACACCUCCCGUUCCACUCGUGGGCCUCCCCUGUGGUGUCAGGUUUGCUGCUCGGGCAGGUUCAGAGCUGCACCUCGGCAGUAAGGCAGUGUCAGCUUCAGCUGUACCUCAGAAACAUGGUACAUGCUGGUGUUUCAGCCACGUGAAAGGAAUGAAAGGAACAGGUGAUUCCAUCCCCUGCUCUGUCACACCGUUGCUCAAAGGCGCUGAUUCCGUUUGCUGCUGAAAAGCCUGCGUUAAGGGAUCCCCCGAGUUUCUGUUCCUGUGUGUGGGGCAUCAGAAGAUUCAGUGUCAAGGAUUUAACCUGAGUGGCCGCACUCACUCUCCUGUAGGAAUUUCAAAAUGAUGGAACAGACCAUGGUGGAGUGGAGAAAUAUGGAUUUUGCCAAUGAAUCCUGUGGCCUGUAAUGGAUUCAUCCCAGGAAGUGAGAUUCAAGCCUAUGGAAAGGAGUUUGAGACUUGCAAAGUAAUAAUUAAAAAAACCUCAUGCCAAAAGCACCUGUCUGCACCAAUGCAAGCUGAUCUGGAGCUUCAUGCUUAGUGCUGAUGAUGAAUUGCCUGUGGUUUUGGGGAGGCUAAUUCCUGCUUUUGAUUGCAUUGGAAAUCUGAAGUUGAUGCUCAUGAGAAGUAAAAUCAGAGAACGUGGGUUACUCAGUGUGCCUGAAGAUCACAGAGGCAGCAGCGAAACGACAAAACUUCUCUUUGAAGCAGUGGCUUCAGCUGUGUCAUUGUGUGUGCUGGGAACUGAGAGAAAUAGCAGCCAGCCUGGGAGAAGAUGCCAGCUAAAGGGAAAUACUUCUUCAACGACAGCGAUGAGGGCAGGAUAUCAGACCCGCUCUACGAGAAGUACCGCUACACCAGCCAGCAGCAUCCCCUCCUGCUGCUGCUGCUCUUCAUUGCCAUCCUCUUAUGGACUACUCUAAUCAUCAUCUUCUUUAUUACUGCUGAAGCUCACUCCCACCUGGCGUUCGUCGUGGCGGCGUGCGCGGCGCUGGCCGUGUUCGCGGUCAUGUACCUGCUGCUGUGCAUGGAGUCCCUGUUCCGCAGGUGGCUGGCGCUCUUCGGGGUGAUGGCCUGGCUCUGCUUCCUCACUGUGGGAUACGUUUCCCUUUUUGAAACAGGAGCUGACUAUCAGCUGUGGGAGCAGGUGCCAUUCUUUCUGUUCAUAAUCUUCACAGUUUACACCAUGCUACCCUUUGGGAUGAGAGGUGCUGUCAUAAUUAGUGUUGUUUCUGCUCUCUCCCAUAUUGUUGUUUUAACUGUGGUAAGUGUAACAUCUCAAGGAAAUAAGGAACGCAUUCCAUUUCAGCUCCUUGCCAAUGCUGUAAUUUUCCUUUGUGGCAACUUCAUGGGUGCAUUUCACAAACGCCAAAUGCAGGUGGCUUCGUGGGAUUUGUACAGAUACACCUUAAAGUGCAUUCAGGUCCGAAUGAAACUGAAGAUUGAAAAGAGGCAACAAGAAAAUUUGCUUUUAUCCAUCCUGCCUGCUCAUAUCUCUAUGGAAAUGAAGCUGGCAAUCAUUGAGCGACUGAAGGAAACUAAUGAUAACAGGCAGAUGCAUGACAACAACUUCCACAGCCUAUAUGUAAAAAGGCACCAAAAUGUUAGCAUUCUUUAUGCAGACAUUGUAGGAUUCACUCGCCUUGCCAGUGACUGCUCUCCUAAGGAACUUGUAGUGAUGCUGAAUGAACUCUUUGGAAAGUUUGAUCAGAUUGCAAAGGAGAAUGAAUGCAUGAGAAUAAAAAUCCUGGGAGACUGUUACUACUGUGUGUCAGGCCUGCCCGUGUCCCUCCCGGUUCAUGCCAGGAACUGUGUUAAAAUGGGGCUCGACAUGUGUGAAGCAAUAAAGCAGGUGAGAGAAGCCACGGGCGUGGACAUCAACAUGAGGGUUGGGAUCCACUCCGGGAACGUGCUGUGCGGGGUGAUCGGCCUGAGGAAGUGGCAGUACGACGUGUGGUCUCACGACGUGUCCCUGGCCAACCGCAUGGAGUCUGCCGGAGUGCCGGGCCGUGUGCACAUCACUGAAGCAACAUUAAAUCACCUAGGCAAAGCUUAUGAAGUGGAAGAAGGGAAUGGACACCUGAGGGAUCCUUACCUUGAAUCCAUGAAUAUCAAAACCUAUUUAGUGGUCGAUCCAAGGUCCAAGCAAUGCCUAUCCAACAACCACCUCCCCAAAACCCGAGUGAACGACGGGCUGAAGAUGCGCGCGUCGGUGCGGAUGACGCGCUACCUGGAGUCCUGGGGAGCGGCGCGGCCCUUCGCGCACCUGAGCCACCGCGAGAGCGUCAGCAGCGACUCCUCGGGCUCGCAGGGCCGCCGCAGGAAGGAAAUACCUUUGUGUUCUACUGGGCGCCAGAGAACUUCUGAUAGAAAUUCAUCUCAGAAGGGAAGGAUAGAGGAAGAUAUUUAUGAUGAAAUGAUGUCAACCAUUGAAGGCCUCAGUUCAACUACUCCGUGGUGUGGCAGGUCAGAUGACUUCUGUGGAUUCUCACUGAUCUUUGCAGAACCUGGUCUUGAAAAAGAGUACCGCACCAUUCCUAUUCUGAAACUCAAGAGUUACUUUGCGUGUGCUAGUUUUGUGUUCCUCUGUAUAUUUGUGAUCCAGAUGCUUAUCAUGCCAAAAACUGCAGAACUGGGAAUUUCCUUUGGAGUUGUUGCAGUCAUCAUUGCGCUUAUUUUGUUUGUGUGCUUUGCUGAGAAAUGUCUGAAGUGCUGCUCAGAGCAGUGGCCUCUGCUGCGCCAUCUGUGUGCUGUCUCGGAAAAGGUGGAAACAAUGCCUUUACUUAGGCUGCCUUUAGCAGCCAUCACUAUAGCUGCCUUGCUGAUUAUAGCCAUUUUUAACUUGACUACUGAAAAGAACAAACCUGCCAACUUUACUGGAUCAAAUGACCUGAGUGCUACCACCUAUGCUUUUGGAAACACAACUCAUUCCUGCGUAGAGGAAACUUAUUAUGCCUACUGCUGUAUAUUGGCGUUCAUUGCCUGCUCGGUAUUUCUUCAAAUGAGCUUCGAACUCAAAGUUCUCCUCCUGUCCAUUGCUGUGACUGUCUACCUCAUCAUUUUUAAUACCCUUCAGCACAAAGACAACUAUGGCAACAGUACCAGGUUUUUCAUCAAAGAGCCAAGGAUAAUGACUAAUUUAUAUCUGGUUCUGUUUUACGUAACCCUAGUUUUACUUGCAAAACAGAUUGACUAUUACUGUCGACUGGAUUGUCUGUGGAAGAAUAAGUUUAAAAAGGAACAUGAACAAUUUGAAACUAUGGAGAAUGUUAACAGGCUUUUGCUGGAAAAUGUACUUCCAGCACAUGUUGCUGCAUAUUUCAUUGGAGAAAAGCGAAAUGAGGACUGGUACCAUCAAUCCUAUGACUGUGUCUGUGUCAUGUUUGCAUCAGUACCAGAUUUUAAGGUGUUUUACACUGAAUGUGAUGUCAAUAAAGAAGGCUUGGAAUGCUUGAGGCUGUUAAAUGAAAUCAUUGCUGAUUUUGAUGAGCUCUUGUUAAAACCUAAAUUUAGUGGUGUUGAAAAAAUAAAAACAAUUGGAAGCACUUACAUGGCAGCAGCUGGUCUCAGUGUUACACCAGGCCAGGAGAACAACCAGGAUAGGGAAAGGCAGCACGCUCACAUUGGGAUUAUGGUGGAGUAUGGAAUUGCCCUGAUGAGUAAACUGGAUGGCAUCAACCGACAUUCCUUUAACAACUUCCGCCUGCGUGUUGGGAUCAAUCAUGGCCCGGUGAUCGCUGGUGUGAUUGGUGCCCGGAAGCCUCAGUAUGACAUUUGGGGCAACACUGUUAAUGUUGCCAGCCGAAUGGAGAGCACAGGGGAGCUUGGCAAGAUCCAGGUCACAGAAGAAACAAGCAAAAUACUGCAGGAGCUGGGAUACUCAUGUGAAUGCAGGGGACUCAUUAAUGUCAAAGGCAAGGGAGAACUGAGGACUUACUUUGUUUGCACUGAGACAGCCAAAUUCCAAGGCAUGGGACUGAACUGAGGCUACAAUGAAGUUAAUCAAAAUAGAAUUAGAUCUGCCUCCCUUCUGUGAAGACGUAGAAUUUCCCUCCUUAUGUGAAGGAUUUAUUCUAAAAACAUGUAUAUACUGUUCCUAUCUCUUCUACAUCUCAAGAUGAGAGAAUUUUUUUUUAAUAAAGAAUUCUGAGAAGUUCCUAGAAGAUACACAACCAUCAGUCUGAAAAAGGCUACUUUUUCCAGAAGUAAUUUGAGGAUUUACCUGGAAUUGCCAAGAGGCAUUUUCAGUUAGUUGCUUUCCUUACCUGCGCUGGGAGUCUUAACUCCAGUGACAACCAGUGUGGAUGCACUGUAGAACUCGUUCCCAUGUUAAAGCAUUCCAUUGCCUGCUUGACACACACCUGCUUACAGUAUUGUGUUUGUCCCGACGUGUGCGCUGAUGCCGAGGGCACCGUGUAUCCUGCUUUGAAUGCUGAACACGCUGCACAGCAGAAGCUGAGUAAUGGGAAGAGGAAUGCCAGGAAACUCAAGUGUGUCACAUGAUAACUGUGCUGAGCUCUUUUGGGAAAAAGCCUGAAUUGCACAGUAUGGGGCCACUUCACCACCCUCGCCUCCUCCACAGCAGUACCUUGUUACGCAGAUGUUUUCAUGACCAAGAGCUGAUCAGAAAUAACUUUAAUGUAGUUCAGCGUGUUUACAUUAUAUUAAGUGUUCUUCUUUGUAUUUCUCUGCAAUUAGUAUCUGUAUGUGCAUUUUGUUCUGUCAUGGGAAAUCUUAAGUUUUUUUACUUUAAAUUUCAAAAAGUACAAGUGCUGGUGAGGAGCGCAAGGAUCAGACUCUGACAGCAGCUGGUGUUGCUGAUCCCAGCAGGAAUUCUGAUUCUGUGCUGUGUUCUUGAGGGCACUUAGAGGAGAAAAAAAAAAUCUGUUCUGAAUUGCUGGGAAGCUGAAGAACAGAAUUACUAAAAUAGUGUUAGAAACAGUAGCAGAUACUGUAUAAACAGAACUGUGUCUGUGGUGGGAUUUGUUUUUUUUUCUGUUCUUAUUUCUAUGAAUUGACUAGCCACUGGCUGGUUACUAUGCCUUUCAAAGGCAGUGCAGUUUUUUCAUAAACUGGUUUUGAAGGUUACAAAAGGAUGUAUGGAAAAAAAUGUGUUCAUAAUGAAAUGUUUCAGCAGAGCCCCAAUACUGGAAGUGUGAGUAAAGCAUUCAUAAGAUCAUUGUGGACAUGGUGUAAAUUAGUUUAGUUUGUAAGGUUUUUAAGCUGUUAGCGUCCUUUGCUAAUUUCUACAUUGGCAUUUUUUACUUACUGCAAUCUCUUAAGCUGUUUGCUGUUGGUGGAGAUGAUAGUAGUUUGUAAGGCUAACAUCUUGUGCCCAGUUAUGUCCAUUACUAAGGAUGGGUUCCCCCUUUCCCCAUAUACCCGGUUAGGGCUGGACAGCACAGUGGUUAGUGAGUACAACACAUGUUUGGUUGAGCCUUACUCCUCUACAAACAGCACUUCCUAAUGCUUCUGGGUUUAGUACCCACAUCCUGGACAAGUGUUUAAGCAGUCCUGUGUAUCACUGCUGCUUUCUAAUUACUGUGUAAUUUCUUUAGAAGAGGAAGUGACUAUAUUUCAAGACAGGAACAAACCUAAAUGUUGUCCAAAUGUGGAUUAAAAAUCGUACUUGUAGUCUUUGUCAAUUUUGUAGAUCAAAUCUAUGUGUGUAGUAGAUCUCCAACAGAAAACAGCAUGUAAGAAAACCUGCAUUUGAGGUUGCAAGUUCAUGCAUGGGCUCUGCUGAAGAAGGAAGUGACAUACUCACUGUCACGUUAGUGCAAGUCAGUGUUGUAGUUGAAUAAACCUUCAAACAGCUUGUGCUACUCUUGUGUAUUUGUAGUUACAGGUGCUCAGCAAGCAUUUCUUUAGAGAUAUUUAUUGUUUUACAGGACCAUGCAUGCGUCAAAGGCUCCUUCCAGCAGUCUUUGAUGUCAUGUUAGGUAAAGUGACCAUUUGUCUCAUGAAUCUAUUUUGAAAAGUGCAUAAUGCCUAUAAAUAGAGCUGGCUCUGAAGUGCUCCUGUCCACAGAACUAGUAGACUAUAGAUGUAAGUUAUCUAUGAAAGAACAUUUGCUGUCUGUAACAGCAUUUUGAAAUGCUUUUGUUUACAUGAUGUUGCCUGUCAGGCUGGUAACUUAUUUGGGUGUAACUUCAACUCAACCUCAUUUGCAGAAGUGGCAGGAAUAGCUGCAGCUUCCAAAGGGGAAGGAGUUGGGUUUUGGUUGCAGGUUUAAAAAGAAUGCUCACUUGGUGUGCUGUGCACAGCCUUCUUGGGGAAGUUAGAAACUGUGUAUAAUGAAAAAGAGGAUGACUGAUUUCUCACCAGAAGUGGAACUCUAUGAGAGCUAUAUUUAACCGCAGAAAAAGUUCAACUUAACAAGCAACUGUAUUGAAAUAAUUGUUUUCAGCAGUCCUUCUGAGAUUGAACUGUGAAACUUAACAUUGAAGAAACAAUCUUGGUGGAAAAAAUAUUCCUUGCAGCAUUAUUUUUUUUCUAAAUGGAAAAAAUGGCACUGUAUCUAAUUUGAAGAGCUAAUAACAUCUGGAACUAGGAAUCUGGUUUAAAGAACAAAUUUUUGUUUUUACUAUGAAAUAAAAAGCUUAUUGAAACA